GCAGCGCGACCCGUCUCGUAACAGGAGACAAACUGUGUUUGGCUCGGCGCGUCUGUCUGACGGCCGCGCCGGGUUUAACCGCCGGGACGGGGCUGGAGGUGCUUCCUCCGGUGGAAUCCCGAGCGCCGGCGCUGCCAACGGCGCGGUGCUGUGGCUGAUGCCGGUUUCCUUGUGUUUUGCAGUCAGCAGGAGGGAGAAAAUGAAAGCAGGCUGCAGCAUCGUGGAUAAGCCAGAAGGAGGAGGAGGUUAUCAUUUCCCGGAGUGGGCUUACAAGACAGAGUCCAGCCCGGGCUCCCGGCAGAUCCAGCUGUGGCAUUUCAUCCUGGAGCUGCUGCAGAAGGAGGAGUUCCGUCAUGUCAUCGCCUGGCAGCAGGGCGAGUACGGGGAGUUCGUCAUCAAGGACCCCGACGAGGUGGCGCGGCUCUGGGGGAGGAGGAAAUGCAAACCCCAGAUGAACUACGACAAGCUGAGCCGGGCGCUCAGAUACUAUUACAACAAGAGGAUUCUCCACAAGACAAAGGGCAAACGAUUCACCUACAAGUUCAACUUCAACAAGCUGGUGAUGCCCAACUACCCCUUCAUUAACAUUCGGCCCAACGGUGUCGUGCCGCAGAGCGCUCCUCCCGUCCCCACGGCUUCGUCCCGCUUCCACUUCCCCCCGCUGGACAGCCACUCUCCCACCGACGAUGCCCAGCCCGGCCGCUUCCCCGGCAGCUCCCUGGGCCCAUCCAACCCCGAAGCGCUGGGCGACGGCGGCGAGAGGAAGCCGGACGUGCCGGAGCUGGAGGACGGCUCCUCGGAUUGGCGCCGCGGGGUGGAUCUCAUGGCUUCCCGCAACGCCGUGGGCGCCGGCGGCGUCAACCACCAGAAGCGCAAACCCGAUAUUAUGCUCCCGCUCUUCACCAGGCCCGGGAUGUACCCGGAUCCUCACAGCCCCUUCGCCGUGUCCCCUCUGCCGGCGCGCGGCGGGGUCCUGAACGUCCCCAUCUCUCCUGCGUUGUCCCUGACGCCCACCUUGUUCUCCUACAGCCCUUCUCCGGGUCUCAGCCCCUUCACCGGCAGCAGCUGCUUCUCUUUUAACCCCGAGGAGAUGAAACACUACCUGCACUCGCAAGCCUGCUCCGUCUUCAACUACCACCUGAGCCCGCGGACUUUCCCCCGCUACCCGCUCAUGGUGCCGCCACUACAGUGCCAAGUGCCGCUGGAGGAGCAGCCCCAGUUCCCCAUCAAGCUGCAGCCUCCGCCCGUGGGCCGGAAAAACAGGGAGAGACUGGAAAGCGCCGAGGAGCCGGCGGCCCCGCAGCUGAGCGCUCCGCCGCCGCCAAGGGUCAAGGUGGAACCGGCGCUGGACAAGGAGGCAGAGCCCGAAGAGCCACCGGCCAAAGGUAAAGACAAAACCGAGAGAGAGGAAGGCUCCGGCGUGGAAGAGGAGAAGGGGCCUGUGUUUGCCAGACCAGCAGCUCCGUCCUGGCACCCGGCGCCGCCGGCACCCACCCCGGCUGAGGAGCCGCAGGAGCAGGGGGAGAACAGCGGGGAGAAAGCACCCCCCCGGGAGCCUGCCGGAGAUGCGGGGGCGCAGGAGAAGAGAGAGGACGCCCUGAUGCCUCCCAAGCUGCGUCUCAAGCGCCGCUGGAACGGUGACCGGCAGGCGGACGCCCCCGAGGAGCGGCACAACGGCCGCGUCCACUGGAACGGGGCGCUGGGCACCCCUCACCUCGCCCCAAGCCCCAAGGCCGUGGCGGCCGCCGCCGCCUCCGACGCCUGAUCCCGGCGGAGCCGCGAGGUCCGCGUGCGCUGGAGACAUCCGUGUAUUUAUGUAGCAAGGUUGCAGAGCGUGGGGGGCGGGCGGGGGGCUUGGGUUAGCCUGGUUUGGGAAUCCUAGCGAACUAGGGGGGGGUGGGUUGUGUUCUUUGUUUUCGUUGUUGAAUUGCAGGUGAGACGCGGUUUGGCUCGCUCCGCUUCGGAGAGGCGAGGGAACCGCUUGCUUCACGCCUCGCACGGACUCCAGCGGGGACGGAGGAACUCCAGACGCCGUCUAUUUUCCGAGCGCUCUGGGAUUUAUAGAAGCGGGAAAUCUCCAAAUUAUUCUAAUUCCCCCUUUUUUUUUUGGGUGGCGUUUUGAUGGCGGGAGAGGAUUUCCUGCCCCUUCGCGCCACGGCACCGCGGUGCCGGCUGCGUUUUGGCGGCGAGGGAACAUCGCGCUGGCCGUGGAGCGGGGCGAGUUGCAGAAAGACAUAAUUUGGCGAGUCCCCGUUGCGCCGGCAACGUGGGACGUGGCCAGAGCCGCCUUCCCGGUAGCGCUUGAGGAUCCGCUUAAUCCUUUUGUGAAAUACUGCAGAAGCCAUGAGCAAAACCUUACAAAUCUUUCAGGGAAAGGGAGUGGGGUGGGAAAGACUAAAAAGAAAUAACCUAAUGCCUUUAAUAGACGCAUUAAAAUGUACCCUAGGUGGAUUAUUUUUGUAUGGGUGGAGCUGGGAGUGAUUGGCAGAUUAACACGGAGCUGAUUGUGGGGAGUUGGUGGAGGAGGAGUGACAGGAGCUUUGUUAAUGGUGUUUGCUUUGUUUGGUUCCCCUAUCACUUGACUCAUGCCUUAACUACGCGUACACUUUAUGUGAGCAGGGUUUGGGCCGGCACCGAGCCGGUUGGGUGGUUUUUGGACCGUUGCGGCGCCGGGGAAGCGCCGGAGGUGGCGGCGGCCGUGCCCGCGGGCUCCAUCUCCUCGCCGUGUAAAUCUCGCUGUAUUUUCGCUAGCAAUCCGCUAUUUCCCUAUGCAGCCGCGCUUCUCGUUAAGCUGACGAAUUUAGGCUCCGGAUUACGCCGAGCAACGUGCUUGUCUUGUCUCUCUCCCCAACGAUUCCUCGGAAGGAGCUUAGAAAACAUAAAGACAACAAAAAAAAAAACAUAGAGAAACCUCCACUUUGGGCGCUGGAGCCGCAUCCCGAGCAAGCGGGUGGUUGCGGGGCGAGAUGCCGCUCGGGCGCCCGCCGCCGAGACGCCGCGCGCGGUACCCGGAGGGUCGGGAAUCCGCUUGGUUUGGGCAAGUUCACCCCCGCUGCCCCCUGGCACCUGGAUUUACCUCUAGACCGCGCGUGGAGGCAACGAGCGCGGAGCCCCGGCGAGGGACCCAGUGUCGGCGUGAACUCAGGAAUUCGAAACACGAGGCCUUUCCCAUCACCGAUCAUAUCAUCACCCCCCCCCCACCCCUCGCGCCCAAGUGCCGGAGCCGGCGGCGUUUACGGCAACAAAAAGAGAAGUUGAACUGUCCGUUUGGCUUUAAACGUUUGUACUAGUUAUUUUUGGGGAGGGGGGUGUCGUCUCCAUAGCCAUUGCACUGCGGACGGGGGCUCGGCGUUCAGGGAUAAAGGACUCAGGUUGUGGGGACAGCGGCUGCGCAGGGGGCGACUGGUUGUGUGUCCCCCCGCCGCGCUGGCGUCCCCGUGUCCCCCCCCGCCGGCUCCGGGGUCCCCUCGGUGCGGGAGUCCCCUUAAUUUUGGGGUCCCCUCGGUUUGGGGGUCCCCUCAAUUCCAGGGUCCCCUCGGCACGAUGUGGCGGCUCCUCCCGACCGGACUCGACUUGGGCAGCGACGUCGGAGGGGGAGACGCUUCUAAAUCCAUUUGAAAGACAAAACUAAGAUAAAAAGAGAUAUAUAUAUAUAUAUAUAUAUAUAUAUAUAUAUAUAUAUAUAUAUAUUCCGAUGUGCCAAAAUCUUGAAACUCGUCGAGUUUAACCGGUUGAAAAAACCGCGACGUCCACCUGUAUUAAUUAAUCAAGCGCAUGUUAAUGUUUUUAAACGAUCUUUUGCUUUGUUUAGCCAUAGAGAAGCUGUAGGAAAGAGACUUUAAUCGGGCAACCGGCGGGACACCCCCCAAAUUUUUGGGGUGGGGGUGGGGGGGGGAACCAUUGGAUCAGCCCCGUGUUGCCGCGGAGCUUAAUGAGCUUAACGAGCUUAACGAGCCCCGUUGAGGAGGAGGAACAACCCCCUCUAGCAGCAUUAACUCCGCGUCCCCAUCGCUUGGUUGUCCCUAUCGCUUGGUUGUCCCUAUCGCUUGGUUGUCCCUUAUUUUUAUUUAUUCCAUAAUUACGUUUUUAUUUUUAAAAUAACUUUUAUUUGGGGGGGUGGGGGGGUGGGAGGGGUGUUUUUAUUUUAUUUGUUGGGUUUUUUGUUUGUUUUUUGUUUGGUUUUCUCUUCGUUUUCCCCACUUACUGAUCCCGGUUGGGUUGAACGCGAGCGACUUUGGGUUUGAAAUCAUCGGGUUGUUUUAAUAAUGAUUAAUGAAUCAUUUUGAUUAUUUUUUAGAGUGGUUUUUAAGGCGAACGUAUUUACCGGUAGAAAAUGGUUGUUUUUAAAGAAUAUAUAUCAAAUGGUUGUUUUUAAACCGCUUUUCCCGAGGCGCGUUGGACUCGAUGCGGCGGACGGAACACGUAUGGAUCUGUAUAUACCAUGUAAAGUAGUCCCGGACUAAUUGUGCAGUGCCUUUAGCCGUUCCACUUUCUAUAAAGUCUUCGAGGAAAAAAAAAACAACAAAAUUUAAAAAAACACCACAAAAAAGUCGGCAUAUAUAUAUAUAUUAUAUAUAUAUGAUGUAAUGUUAUAGAAAUAUAUGUAUAAUAUACAUAUUUUUUUUCCAGGGGUAUCUGAUAGCUCUGUAUUUUGUUAUGGAAGUUGAAAGAAAAACGAAAAUUACAAAAAAAAAAGUAUUUUACCUCAAAUUAAAAAGUUAAAUAAACCUUUUAAAUAAGCA